AUGGAUUCAGUGAAGCCUUUGGAAAUCGUUUUUAAACAUGUCGGUGGCCUCAAUAUUGCCAUGGACGUGUACGUGCCGGAAUCUGCUACGCCUGAGUCUCCUGCGCCGGUUGUUCUGUGGUGGCAUGGAGGGGGAUUGUUGCAGGGAACACGGAAAGCGCCCUCGUCUCACCAGCUCCGUUCGCCUUCGUCCCACAACAUCUGCUUCAUCUCUGCAGACUACCGCUUAGCACCCCAAGUCAAGUUCCCAGCCAUCCUCUCGGACUGCAAAGCCGCAAUCGACUUUCUCUUCACCCCAGAAUUCGCCUCUGCCACGGGGAACCGCGUCGAUCCCAACAAGCUCAUUCUCAGUGGGAGCUCUGCCGGCGGGUGGUUGUCGCUCCUGUGUGGGACGGGAAUCGGGUUCAAGGCGAGUGGGCUGGACCCGCCUGGGAAGGGGCGUGUUAAGGGUAUCGCGGCAUUGUAUCCUAUUACGGAUCUGUUGGAUCCGUUUUGGACGACGAAGCAGUACCCGGUGUCAUACUUUAAACGCGUCAUAGAUAAGGAGGAGCUGGGGUCGUUCCUUGAUCAUAAGGGUGAGAUCAUGACUUCGUCUGCGUUGGAUAGCCCGAGAAACGCGUUCUAUCAUUAUAUGAUACAAGAAGGGAUUCUGGCGGACCUUUUGUUGGCGGGGGAGUCGAUUAAGCCUUCGGCGUAUAGUAUUGCUGCCACUCUCAAGUCUGGCGAAUUUGCGCUACCGCCAACGUAUAUCGUUCAUGGGGAUAUUGACGAUAAGGUUACUGUCCGACAGGCUAGAGAUGUUGUUGCAGCUGCUGGUCCUGAUGCUGGUGUACAGUAUGAUGAGCUGGAAGGUGUGGAUCAUUUGUUCGACAGGGAUCCCUCCUGCAACAUGGAGAAUAUGUAUAUUUUCAUACAUAGAGUUUUUGGUAAUCUUUGA